UCAGUGUAGGCAGUAGGGAGUUUUCUGCUGGGGUCAGGAGGAUUGUGAACAGACGAGCGGAUCCUGCCCCAAACACCCGUGUAUGAGUGGAGUGUAGCAGAAAGAAACAUCCCCAACUUUUUUCCUCUCUUGCCUCAAAGAGUCUACAUGUCUAGUGGCAUCUAGACAUGUUCAGCUUUGUGGAUUUGCGGCUGGCGCUGCUGCUCAGCGCAGCAGUGCUCCUGAUCAGAGCGCAGGGCGAGGACGACCGCACGGGCGGAAGCUGCACUCUGGACGGUCAGGUGUUUUCAGACCGGGAUGUGUGGAAGCCAGAGCCAUGCCAGAUCUGUGUGUGUGACAACGGCACAGUGAUGUGCGAUGAGGUCAUCUGCGAGGAUGUAGACUGCCCCAACCCCAUCAUCCCCCACGACGAGUGCUGCCCCAUCUGCCCAGAUGAUGGCUUCCAGGAUGCUCAGGUUGAGGGACCCAAGGGAGAGCGUGGACCCAAGGGAGACAGGGGUCCUGCUGGUCUCCCUGGCAGAGAUGGUUUGCCUGGACAGCCUGGACUGCCUGGACCUCCCGGCCCACCUGGACCCCCUGGCCUUGGCGGAAACUUUGCCCCUCAGAUGUCUGGUGGCUAUGAUGACAAAUCACCUGCCAUGCCUGUUCCCGGACCUAUGGGCCCAAUGGGACCCCGUGGACCUCCUGGACCUCCUGGUCCUAGCGGACCUCAGGGAUUCACUGGCCCCCCUGGAGAGGCUGGAGAGCCUGGAGCUUCUGGUCCCAUGGGUCCACGCGGCCCUGCCGGCCCCCCUGGAAAGAACGGCGAGGAUGGUGAGUCUGGCAAACCUGGUCGCCCCGGUGAACGUGGACCUUCUGGCCCUCAGGGAGCUCGUGGUUUCCCAGGAACCCCUGGUCUGCCUGGCAUCAAGGGACACAGAGGAUUCAGUGGCCUGGAUGGUGCUAAGGGAGACUCCGGCCCUGCUGGACCCAAGGGAGAGGCUGGCACCCCUGGUGAGAAUGGAACCCCUGGUGCUAUGGGACCUCGUGGUUUGCCUGGUGAGAGAGGCCGCGCUGGUGCUAAUGGAGCUGCUGGAGCUCGUGGUAACGAUGGUGCUGCUGGUGCUGCUGGACCUCCUGGUCCCACUGGCCCAGCUGGCCCCCCUGGAUUCCCUGGUGGCCCUGGACCCAAGGGUGACGCUGGAGCUCAGGGUGCUCGUGGACCCGAGGGCCCCUCUGGAGCUCGCGGUGAGGCCGGAAACCCCGGACCUGCUGGCCCAGCUGGACCUUCCGGAAACCCUGGAGCUGAUGGAGCCCCUGGAGCUAAGGGAACACCUGGUGCUGCUGGAGUUGCUGGAGCUCCCGGUUUCCCCGGACCCCGUGGACCCUCAGGACCUCAGGGUGCUGCUGGUGCCCCCGGACCCAAGGGUAACACUGGUGAAGCUGGUGCCCCAGGAUCCAAGGGAGAGCCUGGUGCCAAGGGAGAGGCUGGUGCUCCAGGAGUUCAGGGACCCCCUGGACCUCCCGGUGAGGAGGGCAAGAGAGGAGCCAGAGGAGAGCCUGGUGCUGCAGGAGCCCGUGGUGGUCCUGGAGAAAGAGGCGCCCCUGGUGGUCGUGGUUUCCCUGGAUCUGAUGGCCCUGCUGGACCCAAAGGUGCAACUGGUGAGCGCGGUGCACCCGGUAUUGUUGGACCUAAAGGUUCCACUGGUGAGCCUGGCCGCACUGGUGAGCCUGGUCUGCCUGGAGCUAAGGGAAUGACUGGCAGCCCUGGUAGCCCUGGACCUGAUGGCAAGUUGGGACCUGCUGGAGCCCCUGGACAAGAUGGCCGCCCUGGUCCUCCUGGUCCUGCUGGAGCUAGAGGCCAGCCUGGAGUCAUGGGAUUCCCUGGACCCAAGGGUGCUGCUGGUGAGGCAGGAAAGCCCGGUGAGAGAGGAACCAUGGGACCUACUGGCCCUGCUGGUGCCCCUGGAAAAGAUGGUGAUGUUGGUGCACAGGGUCCUGCUGGACCUGCUGGUCCUGCUGGUGAGAGAGGAGAGCAGGGACCUGCUGGAUCUCCUGGAUUCCAGGGUCUUCCAGGACCCCAGGGUGCCGUUGGUGAGACUGGCAAGCCCGGAGAGCAGGGUGUACCCGGUGAAGCUGGAGCCCCAGGACCUGCUGGAGCUAGAGGCGAUAGAGGAUUCCCUGGUGAGCGUGGUGCACCUGGCCCAAUUGGACCUGCCGGUGCCCGUGGAUCCCCCGGAGCGUCUGGAAAUGAUGGUGCUAAGGGAGAUGCUGGAGCCCCUGGUGCUCCCGGAGCUCAGGGUCCUCCUGGACUGCAGGGAAUGCCUGGUGAGCGCGGUUCUGCUGGUCUUCCAGGACUGAGAGGAGACAGAGGUGACCAAGGAGCCAAGGGUGCUGAUGGAGCUCCUGGUAAGGAUGGUCCUCGUGGUUUGACUGGACCAAUUGGACUUCCUGGACCUGCUGGUUCCCCCGGAGACAAGGGAGAGGCAGGUGCCCAAGGGCCUGUUGGACCUUCUGGAGCCCGUGGACCCCCUGGCGAGCGUGGAGAGGCCGGACCACCUGGACCUGCUGGAUUCGCUGGACCUCCUGGUGCUGAUGGACAACCUGGUGCUAAGGGAGAGCCUGGAGAUAAUGGUGCUAAGGGAGAUGCUGGUGCCCCCGGACCUGCUGGACCCACUGGCGCUCCUGGACCUCAGGGUCCCGUUGGAAACACUGGCGCUAAGGGAGCCCGUGGACCCGCUGGACCUCCUGGUGCUACUGGCUUCCCUGGUGCUGCUGGCAGAGUUGGACCUCCCGGCCCCGCUGGUAACGCUGGACCUCCUGGACCUCCUGGACCAGGUGGCAAAGAGGGACCCAAAGGAAACCGUGGUGAGACUGGGCCUGCUGGUCGCCCUGGUGAGAUUGGUGCUGCUGGACCCCCAGGAGCUCCUGGUGAGAAGGGUAGCCCUGGUGCCGAUGGCGCUCCCGGUAGUGCUGGUUUGCCUGGACCUCAGGGUAUUGCCGGACAACGUGGUAUUGUUGGUCUUCCUGGACAGAGAGGCGAGAGAGGUUUCCCUGGACUUCCCGGACCUUCUGGAGAGCCUGGAAAGCAAGGAUCUUCUGGCCCUGGCGGUGAGCGUGGACCUCCCGGACCCAUGGGACCCCCUGGCCUGGCUGGAGCCCCUGGAGAGCCUGGACGUGAGGGAUCCCCUGGUAAUGAGGGAUCAGCUGGUCGUGAUGGAGCCCCUGGACCCAAGGGAGACCGCGGAGAGACUGGCCCUGCCGGAGCUUCUGGUGCCCCUGGACCCCCUGGUGCCCCCGGACCUGUCGGACCUGCUGGAAAGACCGGUGAUCGUGGAGAGACUGGACCUGCUGGCCCUGCUGGUGCUGCUGGCCCUGCUGGACCUCGUGGCCCUGCUGGAGCUCUAGGACUUCGUGGUGACAAGGGAGAGACCGGAGAGGCUGGAGAGAGAGGCAUGAAGGGACACAGAGGAUUCACUGGCAUGCAGGGACCUCCUGGACCUCCUGGAGCUUCUGGAGAGGCUGGACCCGCUGGUGCUGCUGGACCCGCUGGACCUAGAGGCCCUGCUGGAGCUGCUGGUUCUGCUGGUAAGGAUGGUAUGAGUGGUCUGCCUGGACCCACUGGACCUCCUGGACCUCGUGGACGUUCUGGAGAGAUGGGACCUGCUGGUCCUCCUGGACCUCCUGGACCUCCCGGAGCACCUGGUGCCCCUGGUGGUGGAUUUGACCUUGGCUUCAUUGCCCAGCCUCAGGAGAAGGCCCCUGAUCCCUUCCGUAUGUACCGCGCUGAUGAUGCUAACGUUCUCCGUGACCGCGACCUGGAGGUUGACACCACCCUAAAGAGCCUGAGCCAGCAGAUUGAGCAGAUCCGCAGCCCUGAGGGAACCCGCAAGAACCCAGCAAGAACCUGCAGGGACCUCAAGAUGUGCCAUCCCGACUGGAAGAGCGGUGAGUACUGGAUUGACCCUGACCAGGGCUGCACUCAGGAUGCCAUCAAGGUCUACUGCAAUAUGGAGACUGGAGAGACCUGCGUAUCCCCAACUCAGCGCGAGGUUGCCAAGAAGAACUGGUACAUCAGCAAAAACAUCAAGGAGAAGAAGCACGUCUGGUUCGGAGAGGCUAUGAACGAUGGCUUCCAGUUCGAGUAUGGCAGCGAGGGCUCUAUGCCAGAGGAUGUCAACAUUCAGCUGACCUUCCUGCGUCUCAUGUCCACUGAGGCAUCCCAGAACAUCACCUACCACUGCAAGAACAGCGUCGCCUACAUGGACGCUGCCGCUGGCAACCUCAAGAAGGCCCUCCUCCUCCAGGGCUCCAACGAGAUUGAGAUCAGAGCCGAGGGCAACAGCCGCUUCACCUACAGCGUCCUUGAGGAUGGAUGCACGUCACACACCGGUACAUGGGGUAAGACAGUCAUCGACUACAAGACAUCGAAAACAUCUCGCCUGCCCAUCAUUGAUAUCGCUCCUAUGGACGUUGGUGCUCCAGACCAAGAGUUUGGCCUUGAAGUUGGACCUGUCUGUUUCUUGUAAAAAGAGAAAUCUGGACUUGAAAUUGUUGUUGUGUGCGUGUGUGUGUUUAAUUUUUUUCUAGCAGUCAUCUCUCUAAAAAAAUGCCCCCAACAAAACAUUCUCCUAAUGCCAUUUUUCUGAAAAAUCUGACCCUUCAUUCUUGACUCUACAAGUUUCCAUUUGGCCGUUGUUCCGAUGGUCCACUUUGCCUAAAACCUGCACUUCAGCAAGAACAAGAUGACGGCAGUGUAGCGGUAUCUGCAUCGUCGUGUUUGGGACCACUACUUUUUUUUUCUUUUUGUUUCUGACUCUUUUUUUUGUUUGUUUGUUUUUGCCAUCACCAACACCAAGGAUCCUGUAGAGAAGACAUUUUGUUUCACUGGCAACAAGAAAAUAAUAUAUGCCUCUGUAAAGUGUAAAAAAAAAAAAAAUUGACUUCCCCUCAUCAUCAUGCAGCCAAACCAGGCCUCUCUGGAGUUUACAGAAACAGACACAGGUGACUUUUGUAUUUUU